UGAGAGACGUCAUCUCCACUAAGAGUUUGGAAGCAAAACUGUUUAUCAUCGGUAUUCAGCCCCUAGAAGCACUUGGAUGUAUCGGGCUGCAAUAAAUGAGCUCUAUAAAAUGAAUGUCACGAUGACUUGGCUGCUGAUACUUCUGGUGCUGCCGUUUUGUUCAUCUUUUUCUCGGCUUUCGGAAAGGGAUGACUGCUUAUUAGAAAACAGCAAACUACGGCAGAAGUUGAAGACGCUCCAAGAUUUAUCCCAGUUAUAUAAACACCAUCUGAAGGACCUCUUGGAGAACAAUUAUCACAGACAAAAAAGCAAGGUUUUCUCUUUCGGGGAGACAAUGCAGCAGGACACGCUUUUGCCCACAACUAGUGGAAGUCUCUUCGUCUCUGACCAAGAUUGUGCAAUGGCGUUUAACCAUGGAAAAACUGAAAGUGGAUACUACAGAAUUAGACCUAGAGUGGACAGGGAUCCUUUCCUUGUGUACUGUGACAUGUCAGAUGGAGGAGGGUGGACUGUGAUUCAACGGCGGAGCAACGGCAAAGAGAAUUUCUACAGGCAAUGGGCUGAUUACAAAGAAGGGUUUGGACAGAUGCAGAGCAAGAAUGAUGAAUAUUGGCUGGGUAAUGAUAAGAUCUAUAAUCUGCUACUCAGAGGAGAAAUCUCAUUGAAAAUUGACCUGAUGGACUGGUAUGGGGAGAGACGCUAUGCAAUUUAUGAUGAUUUUCAGAUCAAGAACGAAACGAACAAUUACAGGAUAGGCUUUGGCACCUUUUCCGGAACUGCUGGAGAUGCUUUUUCUGGAGGGAGCAACUUUGACAGCCAGUGGUCUGCAUCGCUCCAUGGGAUGCCCUUCUCUGCUCCCGACAGGGACAAUGACAGGUUUCUAACAGGCAGUUGUGCAGAAGAGAACCAAUGCGGCUGGUGGUUUAACAGAUGCCAUGCAGCAAAUCUCAAUGGGAUAUAUUACAAGAACGGGAAAUACACUGGAUCCUUAGACAAUGGAGUGGUUUGGUCAACAUGGCAAGGGCCAUGGUAUUCCCUGAAAUACACCGCCAUGAAAAUCAGGCCCCCGUCUUUUUUGGAUGGAGAGAGUGGAGAUGGUGAAACCAGCUAAGAUGCUAUGAAUAUGCAUCUUGAAAAGAGAAAAUAUCAUGCAAAAAGUAUUUGAGAGAUAAUAUGCAGUUCUCAGCUUAAGUCAACUUGGUUGCAAGUUACAGAGCUUGAGCUGUGUCUGUUCAGAAGCUGCUUCUAAAUUUGUAUGAAGAAUAAACCCUGCACUUAGAAGCAUUUU